CCAGAAUGUUAUCAGUACCAACCUAUUUCCAAGUCCGAUCUUAAUAUCGCACCACUGGUCCGGCGCAAGGAAAAGGAGACUUCCUUGUACUGAGUCUCGCUUGUCCCAAUGGUCGAGUCAAGAUGGGCUCCAGCGCUAAGAAGAAGAAGGAAAAGAGAAAGGACUUCCAGAAGCCCAAGUUAAAAGUAGGCAAGGCCAAGCCGAAGGCCUCUAACUUCACAGAUACGAGCUUCAGAUCCAAAGCUAUCGUCUUGCAGCAGCAGCUGGCGGAGGAUGCACCGAAUCCCGUAGACAGAUUCAAGCACUACCUCUCUCUCACCACCUCCCGUGCCGAUAACCAACGCCGUGAUGCUCUGUCGUACCUCGCAAGCCAGCUGUCGACGAACCCGCCGAUGAAUCCUGUCGGCACUUCGAAUCUGCUACAGAAGUUGCUUCCCAUCAUGUCCGACUCGUCGGGCGCCGUGCGCGGCCAACUACUCCGGCUGCUGCGACACCUGCCCGCGGAUGAGGUUCGGCCCCACGUUGAGCGCAUUAUGCUGUACAUCCGCGGCGCCAUGACCAACAUCUCGCAGGAGGUCAAGGAUGACGGCCUCAGCUACUUGGAGUGGCUGCUCGACGUCGCCGCCGAGGACGUAGUGUCCGGCGCCGGCUGCUGGGUCAAGCCGCUCAAGGACUUUGUGUCGGUGCUGGGGUGGUGGACGACGGGCGCGCCGGCACCGACCGUGACGGCCGCAAAGGGUGGGUGGACGUCGGCGCCGCGGACGACAUUUGGCGCCAAGAAGUACGGGCAGUCCUUCCCGCGACAGAUGCUCGUGCUAGCCAAGUUCCUGGAGGCGGGGCACCGGGCAGGGACGCCGGCUGCGUGGAGACCCGGCGACUGGUUCGAAGGGAUCGCGCGCGCGCCGCGUGCGUCGGACCCGUUCGGAUAUCUUGGCCUGUUCAAGCCGGCGCGCGACGAGGACGGCGAGGCGUACCGCACGCGCGAGGACCGGCGCGACGUCUUCGACCGGCGCUUCCGGGCCGCCGUGGACGCGGGCGUCGAUGCGGCCAAGCGUGAGGGCGGCGCGGCCGGCCGCACGGCGGCGACUCUCGACCAGGUCCUGAGGGACGGUAUGGCUGACUAUGAGCGCGGCGCGCGGCUCGAUGACGAGGACCAGGGCUUGUGGGAUGGGUACGUCAUGUAGAUAGAUGCCCGCGACCCUGCCGACGGCCCUAGAUUUGUCCCGCGGUACCCAAAUUGCGUCAUAUGAUGCUCUACGGCGAAGAGCAGUCGCAAUAGGAGCCUUGAUGAGCUAAUAUAUAUGGAUAUAUGAAAGAGUUGAUUAGACUUUUAUCCCAUAGUUGAUUAUUCUCGUCGACAGACUUGUAGCGGUCUACAACUGGAUUAUAGAUUAGGUAUUACCAGUCAUGUUGUGUCAACGGGACGAUUUCCAACUCAUCCCGAUUGCUUACUGCCCAGCUAAGGAAGUCAACUUAAGAAACGGAAUGGACAGCCAGGUUGCGGCCCACUAUAUUACUCGGAAUCUUAUUGCACUUCAUAGCCUCCCUUUCACUUAAGCGUCAAUACGUUAAUACUUCUAGUCUUUCCC